AUGGCUGACGAGCACGAGACCUUCGAGUCCGCCGAUGCCGGCGCCUCGGCCACCUACCCCAUGCAGUGCUCUGCCCUGCGCAAGAACGGUCACGUUGUCAUCAAGGGCCGCCCCUGCAAGAUCGUUGAGAUGUCCACCUCCAAGACUGGCAAGCACGGUCACGCCAAGGUCCACAUCGUUGCCAUCGAUAUCUUCACCCAGAAGAAGCUUGAGGAUCUGUCCCCCUCCACCCACAACAUGGAUGUCCCCAACGUCUACCGCAAGGAAUACCAGCUCCUUGACGUUACUGACGACGACUUCCUUUCCCUGAUGGACGAGGCCGGUAACACCAAGGACGACGUCAAGGUUCCCGAGGGUGAGGUUGGCGACCGUAUCCGCCGCAUGUUCCACGAGGAGGAGAAGGACUGCAACGUCACCAUCCUGUCCUCCAUGGGCGAGCAGGUCUGCAUGGAUGUCAAGGAGGCUCCCAAGGGCAACUAA